GGUGACCGCCUCCUUCCUGCCCUGGCGGCGAGGCGAGCGCGGGGCCAGAGCUGCGGCAGCAGCGCCAUGUGCCAGCGCCGCCGCGAGGGACCGGGGAGCUGGUCCAGCUCCGAGCGGAGCCGGGGGCUGCUGCCACCCCCCGCGGGGGCUGCGAGCACCGCGGGAGGGGAGCGCCCCAGAGAUAAGGGCUUGGGGCUUUGCAGGUGCAUGAGCGAGAGCAGCUCUUGCUAGGAUGUGGGGUGAGGGCUGUCCCUAUCAGCAAGGCUCUUGCCAGGCUGCAGCAGCAGAGCAGGAGGCUCGGGGGAUACAGGAAGGGCCCCCCCAGCGCAGGUGUCGUGGGGGAGCUGCCUCCCCCCAGAGACAUCCGGGUGGCAGCCCACUGUGGGGAGGUGUGUGACGCCAGAAGCGGAGCCGAGGCUCAUAUUUGGGCACGGAGCAGGUUAUUGGAGGCUGCGGCCCCAGAGGCGGCAGAGGAGGCACCUGAUAAAGGCUGCCCGGCUGCUGCUGCUGCUGCUGCGUGCAUUGGCUCGGGCGCUGGCGAGAGGUGGCCUGGCUGCGCUGGCUCGGGGCCGCUGCCAUGGGGCCGCUGCUGGCGCUGGGGCUGCUGGUGUGCGUGCAGCUGAGUGCGGGCUCCGGGGAGCUGCGUCUGGUGGGCGGCGGCGGGCGCUGUGCCGGGAGAGUGGAGGUGAAGCACGACGGUGAGUGGGGCUCCGUGUGCGUCUUCGACUUUGACCGGAAAGCCCUUUGGGCCAGCGUGGUGUGCCGGCAGCUGGGCUGUGGCCGCGUGGCCAGGGCGUCCUCGUACGCCCCGUUCGGGCAGGGUACCGGGCGGAUCUGGCUGCAGCCCUACUUUUGUAACGGCACCGAGAAUGGGCUGGAGGAAUGUCAGCAUUUCGGAUGGGGACGGCACUUCUGCGACCCGGGCUGGCAUGCGGGUGUGACGUGCACAGAUGCCGUGGAGCUGAGGCUGGCGGGCGGCGGCAGUCCGUGUGCCGGGAGAGUGGAGGUGAAGCUGCAGGGACAAUGGGGUUCGGUGGCCGACCCUGCAUGGGAUAUGAAGGAUGCUGAGGUGGUUUGCCAGCAGCUGGGCUGUGGUUCGGCUGCCGGUGCCUACUCCGCCCGUAAGCGCUUCGGCGAAGGGGACGGGCCUGUCAGUCUGGCCCUAGUGGACUGCAAAGGGUCCGAGGCCACUCUCUGGGACUGCGAGAUCCGUGGCUGGGGACCCAAUGGCAGCAUCCAUGACUGGGACGCUGCUGUUGUGUGCCAAGGAUUUUCCCGGCUGGUCGGAGGGGCUGGAGCCUGUGCCGGGCAGCUGGAGGUGCGGCAGGGCCAAGCCUGGGUUGGUGUGUGUGAGGAUCAGGUGGACAUGAAGGCGGCCCAGGUCGUGUGCAGGGAGCUGGGCUGCGGAGAGCCGCUCGCCAUGGCCGGCAGUGGCCGGUUUGGGGCGGCAUCGGCAUCGCUCUGGGACGGCGGCUUCCAGUGCAAUGGCACCGAGCCCCUCCUCAGUGCCUGUGCCCGGCGUCCGGCCCCGAGCCAGGGCUGCAGCGGCCGUGCCAGCAUCAUCUGCUCCCCCUACACGGGCUUCCGCCUGGGGAACGGCAGCUCGGGAUGCUCCGGCCGAGUGGAGGUGGCCGUGAGGGGGACGUGGGGGUCCGUGUGCGCCAGCGAGUGGGACCUGCCCGACGCGCACGUCCUGUGCCGCCACCUGGGCUGCGGCCGCGCCCUCUCGGUGCCCCCGGGAGGCUCCUUCGGCAGCGGGGAGGGGCCGCUGCGGCCGGACACCUUCGGCUGCAGCGGGAGCGAGCGGCACCCGGGCCAGUGCCCCGUGACCGUGCUGGGGAAGGCUCCGUGUGCCCCCGGGAACGCCGCUGCUGUCAACUGCUCAGGCAUUGUCGCGUCCCUGCGGCUGGUGGAGGGUGAGACCCGGUGCGAUGGGUGGCUCGACUUGGCCAUAAGCUCUGGGGCGUGGCGCCGUGUGCCAGGAGAGCUUUUGCUCAUACGGAAUUUCAGCAAGGUUUGCAGGGAGCUUGACUGUGGAGAACUGGACAAAGGUGAUGUUGUUGCUGGUCCGGUUACCGUGUGGGACAGCAACGAGACAGAGAGACCCAUCAUGGAAAGUGUGGUCAUUAACAUCACGGAGAUGACACCUGCGCUGAAUGGGAUUUCCACAGAGUUGUAUGGGAACAUAUAUUUUUACGACUCAUCAAGUGGUUUUUACAUCUGGAUAACCACUGGACCAGCUGGCAGCCCUCACGGAGCGGCUCUUGUCUGCUCAGGCAGCCGGCGGGUGAGGCUGGUGGGGAGCUCAGGGCGCUGUGCCGGGCGCGUGGAGGUCUAUUCCGGUGGCAGCUGGAGCAGCGUGUGCCAGGAAGGCUGGGACCUGCAGGACGCUGCCGUUGUGUGCCGGGAGCUGGGCUGUGGCAGGGCCCUGGAGGCCCCGAGCUCGGCGCGCUUCGGUGGCGGCACGGGGCCGCUGUGGCCGUACAUGGCCGAGUGCUCCGGGAGCGAGGAGUCUCUCUGGGAAUGCGGGCGCUCGGAAGAGCGCGAGUGCGGGCGCGGCGUCGGGGCAGGGGCCGUGUGCUCAGAGCAGAUCUCCGUGCGGCUGGCAGGCGGCCGUGGGCGCUGCCGUGGCUCCCUGGAGGUGUCCUAUAACGGCACCUGGGGCCGCGUGUGCUCCAACGGCACCAGCACCGGCACCGCCGGCACCGUGUGCCGCCAGCUGGGCUGUGGGGAGCGGGGUCGGCUGUCGGCCGACACUGCCCAGCAGCCGUCCCGUGCCUGGCUGGCCUGGGUGGGCUGCGAGGACGGGGCCCGCUCACUCUGGGAUUGCCCCUCGGCUCCCUGGCACCUGCAGAGCUGCGGCAUUGGCGGGCACGUGCACGUGGAAUGUGAGGAGGACAGGGAUGGCAGCACUGGGACAGACACUACCCCAGAUCCGGAGGGUGCCACCAGCACAGUACCGGCCGUGGGGACGGUGCCUGUGCCAACUGUGCUGUGCGUGGUGCUGGGGACGCUGCUGUGGCUGGCCCUGGGUGCCCUGGCCGUGCUGCUGUGCCGUGCCCGUGCCUGGCGCAGAGGUGGAGCUGCAGAUGCCAUCUCCAAUGGUGUCUACGAGGAGCUGGACUACACGGCCAUGCCGGAGUACCAGGAGGUGCCCAGUCGCCCAGGUUCCGUGCAGGAGGGAGGGAUCAAGAAGCUGCCGUAUUCCAGCAGGGACAUCCUGGAGAGCAGUGACACCGAGGCAGCCCCAGGUGGAAUCUCCUCCCCUCCAAAUGUCCCAGGAGCCACCAGGGACCCCAUGGAUCACUUCCCACGGCACACAGACUAUGAUGAUGUUGGCAGCAGCAGCCUGGACACGGCGCCAUGAGGAUUCCCUGUCCAUGUCCCAGCCCUGGGGACACGUGUGUGGCAAUGUGGUGGGGCCCUUUGCCCAGGGAGGGGUAGCCCAGGCCACACAGAUCACCAAUCAGUGUCCAGCGCUUCAGGAAAACAAUUCCUAUAUAGGGAUUUUCUUUGAUUUCAGUGUGAAUUUCCAUUUUAUCUUAAUAAAA